AUAUAUAUGUAUGAAUGAUGUACAGUGUUGUCAUAAAAGGCAGAUUUAUAAAAUGCACGCAAUUGGUCAGUCCUGGGGGUUCAGAGGUUGUUAUGUAAAUAUACAACAUGGCGGCCCCCAUCGACGACAUCUUUUCUCGCUGCGUGGAUCCUGGCAAAACUAGUAAUUGCGUGGAGGUCCGAUUUAUCGAUAAUGUCAAGGGAAAAGGAUUAUUCGCCAAAAGACCUUUCAAAGAGGGUGAUACAAUUUUUACUGAGCAACCUCUAGUCUCGUCUCAGUUCUUGUGGAAUGCCUUGUACAAAUACAGAGCUUGUGAAUACUGUCUCCGAGCUCUGGAAACAGCAGAGGAGAAUGCCAGGAGGUUGAGUGGUCUGCCAGGUCUGAGUGUGCCCCAUCCUGAGCUGUGUAAAGUGCGACCUGAACGACACCAGGCCUGUCCACUGUGUCAGGUGAUGUAUUGUAGUACUGAGUGCCGACAAGCUGCGUGGGAGCAGUACCACAAGGUCCUAUGUCUCGGCCCCUCCCAUGAUGACCCAGAUCAUCCAAUCAAUAAGCUGCAGGAAGUGUGGAGGAGUGUGCACUAUCCUCCAGAAACCUCCAGUAUCAUGCUAAUGGCUAGGAUGGUGACCACUAUCAAGCAGGCUCAAGACAAGGGACGCUGGCAGAGGCUGUUCUCUAACUUUUGUAGUCGUACAGCGAAUGAAGAGGAGGAGAUAGUUCAUAAAUUGUUGGGAGAGAAGUUUCAGGGACAGCUGAGCUUGCUGCAUAAUCUGUUUACCACAGCUCUGUACGAUGAUCGUCUGAGUCAGUGGUUCACUCCAGAGGGAUUUCGCUCUCUCUUUUCACUUAUUGGGACCAACAGUCAGGGAAUUGGUACCAGUUCUCUUAGUCAGUGGGUGCAUGCCUGUGAUGCACUGGAGCUUCCCGGCCAGCAGAGGGAGCAACUGGAUGCUUUUAUUGACCAGCUCUACAAGGACAUUGACAAAGAAACCGGUGAUUUCCUCAACUGCGAGGGCUCGGGUCUUUUCCUGCUACAAAGCUCCUGUAACCACAGCUGCGUUCCCAAUGCCGAGGCCUCAUUCCCUGACAACAACUUCCUCCUCCACCUCAGCGCCCUAAGUGACAUCAGCCCAGGAGAGGAAAUUUGCAUCAGCUAUCUGGACUGCUGCCAGCAAGACAGGAGUCGUCAUAGCCGGCACAAGAUCUUGAGGGAGAAUUAUUUAUUCAUCUGUUCCUGUCAGAAGUGCAUAUCCCAGAUGAAUGACGCGGAUGUGACAUCAGAGGAUGAAGAGGAAGUGGAAGAAGAUGUUGUUUCAUUAAAUGAGGCUAUAAUACAAGUUGGACAUCCUGUUAGGAUGAAAGAGAGGGGAAUUACAUGGCAGAAGGGAAAGACACCUGGGGUUGUGCCUGUGAGGAAUAAUCGCUGGAUGCUGCUGGCAGCACAAAGCCAGCUGGGUCAUGACAGCUCUGGCCAGCAGCACCACAGGAGCAUGUCUGAGUCUGCUUUGAAAUAUUCUUUCAGAAUGGCCCACUGUGAGUAAUGCCACACAGCAAGUAGACUUCCUUCUUCACAGAGCGAGAGGGGUCAGGGAGCGUACCCCUGGAGGAACGGGUUGAUGUAGAUGUUAAGUUUGGGGAGUGGAGGAGGGCAAAUCUCAAAUGAAAGAUAAUUAUGACUACAGAAAGAAAGGGGCCUUUAUUCUGACGAACCCCAGGCAAAAAUGACAGAAUUUACAUUUUAAAAAGUGAUUUUAAAGGAGUCAGUAGCAGGCACAUUAUGAACACUUUCAGCUCACACAGACGCUGAAAUAACGUAAUUUACACUGUGUGAUUAAAAUCGGAUUGGAUAUAUUUGAAAAUAUACCUAGGCCAGAGACUUAUCUAUUUUUGCAAAGUCGGUAACUAAUGAAUAUACAUUGUUUACACUUCAAGAUAAUGCUAAUGAGUGCUCCCUUUUUAGGGCGUAAUUGACUUGCAUACAGCAUGUUCUUAUUUGCACACAUUUGUUACACUUCAGUGCAUUAACAUAAAUCCCUGUGCUCGUGCUUCCUUGAACAACACUGCCGGAAAAAAAAUAUGCUGAACUUUGUGAAUUUUGGUGUCAUGUUAGCAUUGCACACAAAAUAGGAAGGAAGGCUUGCUAAGAUGUAAAAAAAAAAAUUGUGUGGGUGCCAUGUUUGUUUGCAUCUAUUAAAAAGUUAAAUAGCUGAAUUAGAAAAUCUUGCUGUACUUUUAAAUAGCUUUUAGUGUUUUACAGAACUUUGAGGGAAAACUGAACACUAUUUCAGUCAGCUGCUUGCAGGAAUGGGCACAGUCACUGUGCAGUGUAAAGGCAGACGAGCUGUCAUAAUUAGGUAUGCAAAUAAUAAAAUGAUGCCAUCAGUGUUGUUACAUUUCGAGAUAUGUGAACAUUAUAAAAUGUAUAGUUCCAACUCAAAAUUCGGAUUGCCCAAUUUUCAGCAGUCUUGCUUCUGGAAUUGUUUUUUCCCAUUAAAUUUUUUUUUCCAUAGGGAGUUCAUAAAUCCUUCAAAAAACAGUUCUAAGUCAUGAACCAAACCAACCAGCUCAGAUGUGAAUCACAGCAUUACAAACUUUAAUUUGAAACAAAAAAGUAUUUGAAAAUCAAACAAAAAACAAGGGCACAAGACUGUGUUCUUAAAGGAAUAUUCUGGGUUCAGUACAAGUUAAGCUCAAUCGACAGCAUUUGUGGCAUAAUGUUGAUAACAACAAAAAUGUAUUUUGACUCGUCCCUCCUUUUCUUUUAAAAAAAGGUUACAUUGAGCGUGUUGCAUCAGCUGCGUGGGAGACCUGGGUUUGGAUCCCACUUUGAAACUAGGGAGUUAUCCCACUCGCAUAAUCAGUGACGAGCAUGAUUUGGAGGGUGCAUUUUCCCCUCAAAUAUUACAUUUUUACCCCACUGAUGGUUAGGUUUAGUUUUAGUAUUUGGGUUGGUGGGUUCAGUUUAUAAAAUAUGCAUUCCUUUUAACUGUAUUAAAGCCUGUACAGUUGAAAACAACACGCUUCACAACUCGCUUUUGGCACCCCUCCGUGGACAUUUCGCCUAAAAUGGAGCUCACAUGUGCAAGCUCAACAACAUUUACCGCUUUGGCCACUGGGGACAGUGUUUUACAUUUUUGGAAAGCACAGACCGAUUUUAGCUAAAGAAAGUCAGUCUACUGUUUCAGAUUUCACUGUGUGAUCAGUCUGUAUGUUUUGGGCUGAGUAAUUGCAGAAUUAUAAUAUUUAGGGUUGUUCUAAACCCAUAAGAUGGUUGGCAGAAUGAUAUCCUCAGUCACCAUUUGCUUUCAUUGCAUAUUUUUUUCCAUACAAUGAAAGUGAAUGAUGGCUUAAUCUGUCAUACUACCAAACAUCUACUUUUGGAAGUUUUAUGGAACGACAUAAAUGAUGACAAGAUUUGCACUUUUGUAUGAAAUAUGCCUUUAAUAAUAAAGGUUAGAAAAAUGUCUUAGCAGAAUUUUUUAGCAAUAUCCAUACAGUGCUACCUUGCAAGUGCUGUAAAUAUCAGUCUGUAAGAGUAGCAUACACUCUGUGUCCUGUCACUUGGUGAGACAGGCUUAGUACGCAUUAUUGCAGAGUUUUUUAUUAUUGUUUUUUAACAUAUGUAGAUGAUUAUGCAGACACUGCACAAUGAACAACUAAUUAGGGAGCUGCUUUGUUUGGAACCAUUUCUCAAGUUGAAGUAUGAAGCACAUGGAAACCAUCAGGAGUGAGCUGCCCAAAUCUGUUAGCGCUGUGAAAGCCAUGAGCGCCCAGGAGGGAGAUUGUAAAGCAGAGUGACUUACUGCUCCUGUCCUGCAUAGCUGAUGGAAAGCUCAUUUGCACAACUACCCAGACUCAGUUGAAAUAAACACUGAGACUAGUGCAAUAGAACUGAGUAUGAAUGUCUAGCAAUUGAUACAUGGUUUCACGUCUGUUCUGGAUGGCUUAAUUUUCUUGAAACAAACCAUUUCUGAAAUAUUCUUACAAUUGUGGACGUUUGUCAAAAAAUUCACAGGUGGGAGAUCUGCCUUUGACUUUCUGCGUUCUGUAGUUUUUAGUGCAAAAUAUUCUGUCAUCGUUUCACCUUUCUCUCCUUAUUUUGAACACCAAAAGAGAUAUAUUGUUGACUGUUUGAGCUGCUGUUUUGCAUAUAAUGAGAGUAGGCAGUGAUUUGUACUUCGAAGCUCCAAAAAAGCACCAUAAAAUUAGUCCUACAAUUGAAUAGCUGAACAGGCAAGAAGUCUUAUUCACUGCUAAUCUCUGCUGCAGCUCUCAAUGACAUUGGUUUUCCACGUUUGAAAACUGUAUGUGGAUGUGUGAAUGAGGGCAAGAUUAUCAGUGAAUAACUACUUACAUUUUGGUAUUUUCCUCAUGCAAAGCUAUUGUAUGUCUUCAGAAGACUUGGAAAAUAGUGCAGAAGUCAAUUUAUGGUACUUUUAUGGUGCUUUUUUAUCUUUUUUUGAGCUUGAAACGACAUGAGGGUGAAUAAAUUAUGAGACCAAUUUUAUUUUAAGAGUCUAACAAAUGGAUAUAGGCACUUUACUGUUUUUUUUUUUUCUUUUUAUUUGAAUAGAAAGCCAAAGAGGAGGUUAAGAGGCAAUUGUGUUCCAUUUCUAUCAUUUACACAGUAAGAGUUUUUUUUGUUUGUUUUUUUUUUUUUUUUGUGCUUAGUAAAUGCACAAAAGAUUGUUGAUUUCCCUCACAUUCAUUAUUCUGCUUUCUCAACAGUGGCUUGAGACCUUUUGAAAUAUGUUGAUAUUUGCUGAAGUUGUCCAACCCUAUCCAAAUUUGAAUCCCAGGCAAUCAAAAUAAAGCCUAGUUUUUCAGAAAGAACUGGAAUGUGCCCACCCAGAUGAUUUCAUCCACAUAGGCCAUAGCUGUCCCUCCCAGACCAAAAAUGUGGUUUGACACAUGAAGUGUAAAAAGGAGUUGGAGACGUGCCGGUCAUUUAGUGGUCUAUCUUCUUAUCUGGGUUUCUAAUUCUUACAACAGGUUCCUUGUUAAAUGAAGCUAGUCUUUUUUUCUGCUUGGCAUUUUAAAGUCAGCCGAUAAAAAAACGGAGGGACACUGAACAAUUAUGUUUAACCGACUCUGGGAGUCUAUUUAGGUCGGUGAGAUAUUCCACAAAGAUAAGAUAUAACUCCCUUCUUGUCCUCGGGCGAGCCAUUUACUGGGUUUUUAUGUUGCACAAAAGGUCAUUCAUGAAGCAAUCAUUUCAGAAAUGUUUGGCCCACCACAGAAUUAACAUGGAGCUCCAGUGCAACAAUUGUUUGAUUUCAUUCGAUUUUGACUUACUGUUGAAAGGACAAGAAUGAGCCAAUGGAAAUGGCAUGAACAGUUCAGUAGAUGUCACUCUUGACUGAUGAACAAUUAACUGAUGUUAGUAACUUUAUGAACAUAAUACUCCCUUCAUCUGAGGCUAUAACAAAUCCCAGACAAUAGACUUCUGAAAAAAUUUGCGAAACCGCCAUAAUGCUCAGGGUGGUUUCUUACUGGCCCAGGUCAAUGGAGCCCACCCCCAAGUCUCUAUGAUAUUUUGGGCCCUAGAGAUUUCUUUCACCUGUUUUAUAGUCUGCCGGGCGAAAAUGGUCAGAUCAUUUAGAAAAGUAAUAGCACACCUCUCAUCAACAAGCUAGACGAUUUGAGGUAUGACUCAUGUCCAUAGCAAAAACAGCAGGAUGAGUUACACACUGAAAAUGUAACACUCAGGGUUAGGGGUUUUGAAAAAUCCCUAACUUACGUAUGAGUAAUAGCAAACAUCAAUAAUGUGCAGCCUGAUCUCAUGAAUAUUACUUGACCAUGGCAAAAUUUUUGCAAAAAGAAAUUAUGUGCAGUUUUCACUGCGGUGUUCGAGUGAAAUGUCCAGUAAGGGGUGCCAAAAGCAAGUGAUAUUGUUCUCUAAUCAGACAAGGUUUUUAAGGCAAAUGUUAGAGGGAGGUUUUAAAGAGCAAAGCAUACCUCCCUAACCUAAAACUUUAGCCUAAACCUAACCAAUAGUGUCCUAAAAGCAAAUGAGAGGUUAACAAAACAGACAUCCUUACCCUAAACCAACACCAUAACCUAACUGAUAGACCCCUAAAAGCAAAUGAGAGGGAAACAAAACAGACACACUUAACCUAAACCAACACCUAAACCUAACCAAUAGUGUCCUAAAAGCAAAUGCAAGAUGAAAAGCAAAUUUUCUGAAGCAGUCACGUCAAUGCAUGUCACUUAUUUGACACUUUCAUCUCACAUGUCAAAUUGCGUUUUUGACUGGAGAUCGAGCCUCGAUCUUCUGAGCCCAAAGUUCAACACACUAUCAGGUGAGUUACCGCACAAGCUAAUUACUUUGGAAUAAGUGUGUAAAUGUAGGUUGGUCUGAAAUACAAUCAUUAAAAUGUCUUGUUUUUCAAAUGAUGCAUUUGAGUAAAAGUGUUUAGAUACCAUAUCAUAGCAGUAUGUGAGUAAUAGAGUGAAAAAUAAGUGUUUAUCAAGCCAUAAUGAGCCGUUGUACUUUUGAUUUGUGUGAAAGUGGAUAAAACGCACAGUUGUUGUAGAGCCUCUAGUGUUCAUUUCAGCGGGAAGCUACAGCAAAACAUAGAAUGCGGCACACAGAAAUCAGUUUGCAAAAAUUUAAGUUUAAUAACGUUCAUUCUAUGAGACAAGAUUGAUAAUGUGCCAUGUGUGGUUGUUGAAUAUUGGUAGUUGUUAACCAUCAUUAACAACUACCAUGGGCAAAGAAUAGUUGCCCUAUAUGAAUCCAGUUGCCUAUAUAUAGAAUAUACUGUGUAUCUGAAACUACUUGGGCUCAUUAACGAAAAGUGCUCUUUGGAAAUAGGAAAAAGAUUAAAGCCCAGCCUCAUAAUAACACAAAAGUGGAUGUUUCUCUUUUAAAUGGAUAUCUUUGUAAGCCAUGCCUAGUUUCCACUGAUUAACUACUCUUAUAUGAUAAGAGCUCACGUCAACUAAAUGUGGUGACACUGUCUUAUAAAGUCACCUUAAUUAGGAAUGCUUUGUGUGACAUCCUGUGGAUAGAGCCGCUUCAUGAGUGCACCUGAAAAAUUAAAUUGACUUAAUUAAAAGGCUUUAGAUAUUUUUAGAAGCUUUAGGAUUGUAUUAUUCAUCAAAGUCAAGGCACAUUCAUUACCAGCCUUUGCUCUGGAAAACACGUGUGCUCUAGUUAGCAUUGGAUAUUGAUUGAUGUGGGAGCCGUUAAUGGACAAAGCCAUAGCUGUGUUUUAAGAGCAGCUGUAGCACGCAAUAACUGUGAAUACUUUUCACCUGAAAUUGAUGGCAGGGUUAAGCAAAGGACUUGUAUGAUUUGUAAACAGUGACAGUGUCAGGUUUUGGUGUAUUAUGUGGAUUCCAGGGUUGGGGAAAUUUCAGAAUUGGCUCCCUUUCAUUUUCCAAGUUUGAAUUUUAAUUGAAUUGGAAUCGACAGGGAGAGGAAUUUCUAAAUUGCUAUUCCAAAACAUUCAACACAGGUAAUGGCAUGUGAAAUGAAGUGUUCUGUCAGUGUUCCUGAUCCUGAUUUUUGUGCUUUACAUUCAAGCACUUUUCAAAAUCCUAAAACCUGUUUAUUUUCAGUUUUAACUUAGAUUUGGAAUCCCAGAUUUUCAAUGUACACUCAGACUUUUGAAACCCACUAUAUAAAAUAAAUACACAUGUCUUUAGGUGACAUUUCAAACAUUUAUUAUUAAUAUUAUCAACAUCUAAUGUUUCAGGAAUGUCUAAGGUUUCUGGAAGUACCCCAUAUGUUGUGUGUAUGAUCGCAUAUUUAUGGAUAAUUCAUACUUAUUAAAAAUUACACUAACUGUGCAGCAGUUAUAUGAAUUUCUUUCAUUUGCAUUCUAUUUUUAUUCUACUUCCUAAAAUUCAAAUUCAGGAUUUGAUUUGGAAUUUAAAAGUCAUUAUUUCAGUUCUGAACGUUGCACAACCCUGGUUGAUUCUGUUCAUAGUCUAGACAAAACAGCCAUUAAUCAUAUGUAGUUUGAUUUCACCGUGGCCAGAAAUAUCAUUCGUGGGCCGCCUUCAGAGUUUAUCAUUUGCAUGACCCACAAGACUUCCCUUGUCCCCAAGGGCAUAGCAGCACUCUUUAAAAAGUUGAUUCGGUCCCCCACAAUUUUUUCAAGUUAAACCCAUACCGAGUCCUAAAGGUGCAUUUGUAUACAGUAUGUUUCAGAAUUCUUUGCAUUUUGUUACUUUGGGCUGAUUGAGUGACCAUUCAGCCAGUCGCAGGUGAGUUUCAUGAGCCGAAACAACCCUUACGUAAUAGGCUGUCAGUCUGUAAUCAACGCGGCUCCGUUCAUAUCUGCAAAGUUGCUUUCAGCAAUGCUCAUUUAUCCAUGUUUUUACCUGCACUGAUGUUAACAAGAGUUAUUUAUCAGCAUAUCAUUCUUGAUUGGGAGCAUUACAUGAAAUGCACUGCAGAAAAAACAAAACGAAGGACAAUCCUUCUUUUAAGCACACAUUGUAAGUGGAGUUUAUAUUAGCGCCAGAUUCUUCAUUAAGUUAUGCUUUUUACAUUAUGUUUGUGAGGUAAAAGUUUGAUUGGUUCUUUUCGCCUAUUUAAGCAGAUUACUAGAUCUGUGUUAAAUAUGUAAACUAUUUUUAAUAUCAGCUGCAGUUUUUUACCUCUAUGUUGGUGUGCAGUCGACAAACUGUAUGAAAAAGAUAGAUCUGCUGUGUUCUUAGUACACAUGCAUUUUACUGAAGUCAAUAGAUAUGUAGACACGCUUUUUUAUACAUGAAAACGUAUGUAUUCACCUUAAUUAUUAUAAGACUAUUAUUGUUGUCUUUUGAUUAAAGUCAUUCUCAGCAGCUCGCAAACUGUUGGUCUUGUUGUAGGUCUGAAGACAUACAAAAGAAAAAAGAUUAAAAUUGUCUUUUGAUCGUUGAUUCAGUGACUAACUUAUUUCACACGAGAUAUCACCAGGUGGCAUCACCAGAAAUGGACACUGAAUCAUUAAAUGGAUCUGAAUUAAUUUUGGUGAACAUUGUCAAAACACUUGAGCCACUUGGAUAAAUUUAAAUCCCACAAUGCACAAGCACAGAGUAAAAAAUAAUAUUGUGCACAUGCACAGUUGGCAUUAUUGUAAUUGAUUAAAUAAUUUAUUCAGGACCAGCUAGUGCUCAGUCUUUCAUUGUAAUGUGUAAAACAGAAGUACGCCCCUACUUGUCCCUAGUCUACUUGAAUACCAUUUUGUCAUUCUUGGAACUGGGAACAUGGGAAUUAUCCUUCCUGUCGAACUAUUAAUGGACAUACCAUGGGGAGGUCUGAGAUGCCCUUGGGAUGUUUAAGAUCAGUGGAAAGGCUAUACUUAUAUUUAUUAGGAAGAGAAACAGAUCUCUCAUUAGAAUAUUUUCAGAGGGGACCGCUGUGUUUCUGGUACAGAUUGGCUCUGCCCUCCAGUUAUUCUCACUACAUCAUUACAUUUGUGGCUUUGAACCACUCUUCCCCACAAUUUCAACUUAUUACACAUCAAAACAUGCCACAUUGUGGAUCAACUUUCAAAAGCCGUCUGUUUUGCUGAAAUAUUUUCUGAAAAUGUGCUUUUUUUUCAAGAACAUGGUUUUCUCUCUCUUCAGUUUGCAUGACAAACACUUUAGGAUUGUUAAACAAAUGAAAUGAUGGAUAUUUGGACUGUGUUGUUGGAAGCAUGUUUUCAUUCUAAACAGCAUUGUACACACCAGAAACAUCAAAAUUAUGCAUUCCACUAGCCAUUUACUUGAGGCUGUUGAUUUUGAGUGCAAUAAAGGCCUCUCCUCCAUGCUCUGUGUACUAAACACGCACACCAACAGACAGACAGACAUGAGAGAGUUGUCAGCUUGCAUGUCAAACAGUUUUAUUCUCAUACAUAUAUCCUCAUGUGGUGAGUGACAUUUCUAUUUUCUUCUUUCCUUUACUUAAAAACAAUCAUCAAACUGACAAUAAUUCAGUGUGACCUUUGGGAAAAUGGAAGCAAUGUUUGAUAUUGUAUUCAUAUAUUCAUGAUUUCAUAAUCAGGAUCAAAUACCCGCGGUUCACGCUGAUUGAAUUAAAAUCGACGUAGAUUGUGUUCCCUAUUUUAAGAAAAAUUGCAUUGUGUAUGUAUGUAAUGUCUGAUGAAGUGCUAUAGAUUAUAGAGAAAACUGCAGAAAGAGAUGUGUUUAUGCUAAUUAUAAGGAGUCUCAUCAUGUUAAUACAACCAUUUAAAUAAACCAUCAAAAAAUGACGGACGAUUACUUGUUAAAAGAAAUAUACAUUAAAUAAAUCAGGUAUGACCCGUUCAACAAA